AUGUCAAUGAAUGACGAAUUGUUGACAAUAACUUGUUUGAAACCGUCGGAUUUUAAUUGCGUGAUGAAAUAUCUUAUGGAAAAUUUCAUUACCGAGGAACCACUUUGUGUAGCUGUUGAUUUCACUGAAGAAGAUGCUUGGAAUAUGACUUCAGGUAUAGAUUUGUGUACCAUCAAAUUGAUGAUAACGAGUAUGUUUUAA